AUGAGCAACGCCACCGAAACGUCUCCCUUGCUGACGGGGUGCAGCAGUGAAGAUGGGGAGUUCCAUCAGCCACAACCGUCAAAGACCAAGCUGGGUGGAUUUCCCACCAUGGCAACGCUUCUAACAGAGGGUGCCAUCCUCCCCAAUGCUGGAUCCACUGCCCGUGAUCAUCUGGCCAAUGAACGAACGUAUCUGGCAUGGAUGAGAACGGGCUUGGCAUUGAUUGGCGUCAGUUUGGGGUUACUGAAAUGGGAUGACAAUGGCAAUGCUGCCGAAGGGUAUCUGGUUGCCGUCAUGGGAGUGGUGGUGCUAUUGAUGGCCACACAUCGGUACUUUCGGAAUAUGAGACUGCUCGAAGGAGGAAUGUUUGAACCCAAUGUCCAUGGAGUCGUCCUCGUGGUGUUUGUGGUUGUGGCCGCCGUGGGAACGGCCUUUGUCAUGCAGUUUCGCACAUUUAUUCAUCCAGACCACUGA